UCUCGCUUAUAGCAUUUGGGAAGGCAGUGCAUCAGCGCCAGGGCCCGGGCCAUGACGCACCCCCGCGGGGUGACUUGGUCCGGCCCGCGACUCUCCCCCCCGGCCCGCCCGGAUGGUGCCGCCCACGCUGGGGCUCGCGGCGCGCAGCGGGAAGAUGGCGGCGCCGAUGGCGGCGUGGGACGGGCGGGACGAGCCUUGGAACCGGCUGGACGUGCCCUGGCCCGCGAACAACGCCACGGUGCCCCUGGCGGCCCAGCACCCCGCAGUGAGGUUGCUGUCGGCGCUGCGGCGGCGGUGCGACAUCGCCGGGAAGCGGCUGUCGGGGCCGGGCCUGGCCGCCGAGGGACGCGUCCUGCGCGCCGUGCUCUACGUGUACCACAGCAGGCUGCUCCGGCACCGGCCCUACUUGGCCCUGCAGCAGGUAGAGCAAUGUUUGAAGCGCCUGUGGAAAAUUAAUCUGGUGGGCUGCCUGGAAACUCUGGUAAAACUGAUUCCCAAGAAAAAUGCAUCCAAAGCCUACACAGACUGCUUGGUUCCCAGCCAGCCUAUGCUGGAAACUGUGGCUUUGAAGGUAUUGGGAGGCUGCAAGCUCAUACUUCGUCUACUGGAUUGUUGCUGUAAAGCUUUUCUCUUGUCUGUUAAACACCUCUGCUUGAAGGAAUUCAUACUCCUGAAUACUGUGGCUUCAGGGCUCCUGAGCCGGCUCUGGAUUCAGUACAGGUGUGUAUUGCAGACCCUCAUGUCCUUGUACAGUGCCUUGUCAACAAUGCUUCAUCUGGUAUCUGAGACACAACAGACCCCUUAUAUCAAGGGGUUUACCUUUCCUUCUGAUAUCGGCGACUUCCUUGGAGUUAAUGUAUCUUCUGAGGCAGAGAAGCAAAAGGCUAAAAUGCUUACAAGAAAAAAAUCUACCAGCUGGAUGAAGAAGUUCUUCCCAGUAAUGGCAGAGGCAGUAUCAAAAGUUGGGAAAAAGAGAAAAUCUGAGACCUGUACAAGUGCUAUAAAAAGCCAUAGCAUCCUGUGCCCUGUGGACAUUGGAGAGACAGUUGUGGUGCCCACAGCCAGGAGAGGGAAACACCCAGGGUUUGAUGUGAAGAGCUUGCUUAGGCCAUCCAGACAUCCCACACAAGAGGAUGUAAGCGUUGCAUCAACACCUUUUAAGGCAAAGUCAUCACCACUUUCAUCUCAGAUACCAAAAUCACAGCACACUGGAUCUCUUGUACAGAUGGUCCAAACAGCUGCAUCAUUUGGGGAGCUGUCAGAGGCACUCAGAAAAGCUAUUCUGUGGUGCAAAACCAACAAAUUCAAAUCAGAAGCUUAUUUUCUGCGUAACAAGUUGUUGAAAAGCAACCGGCUACACCAUGUGGAGGCUCGAGGAUGCAGCUUGAAGAAAAAACUGCGCUGUGUCAAAACAUCUGUCCGUAAAUACCUCCUGUAUGGGUCACAACACACGCACUGGCCAAGGCAGCACCUCCAGUUCUACCGAAGGAGGAUCAGAUCAUCUGCACUCUUGAAGACAGCUCCAAAGACUGGUGGGCAAAAGCCUCCUGAGCUUUUUGAGGUCUGUGGGAAAAGUGCGUCAGUCAUCCUCCCAGCUUACCAAGAUGGGUCUCCGAGUCAGGAAGAACAUUCCAGCAUUGUUACAGGACAUGUCAGACUAUGCACAACAGGGACCCCUAAGCGGCUGCUGCUGGAAGGAAGCCCUGGCCCUGUGUGGAAAGAAGCUGCUGAGAACACAGAUAUUGAUUCUAUUUUUGCAGCAAUAGGUGUCUGAUCCUGGACUUGAAGGAGGAAAGGGCGGGGGGGGGGGGUCAAGUCAUUCUAGUUGGUUUGGUUUUUUUUGUGGUUUUUUUUAAGUAAACCCCUCUGAACCCUAAUAGUGUCUCAGUAACUCACAUCGUGAAUUCUGUUAAGAAAGGAACAACCAUUUUAUUAUGUUUUUGCAAACCAGCUGCUUUUUAUUGGCUGAUUUUUAUACUUUUAAGGGUGUUUCAAAUAACUGAAUAGUUGCCGUCCUUUUACCUACCCUUGUCCAGGAAUAGUGACUUUGUUACCCUUAAUCAGUGUCCCCUCUCUAUUGCCUGACCACAUGUUAAAUGCUGCUGUCAAAUCCAUAGUGCAAACAGUUCCCAUCCAUGGCAGAAAGGCUGCAGCUUGUCACUUACUGCUGCUUUGGACAAAAGACUUGCCAACACCUUUCCAAGCCUUGAACCCUUUUUUCUGUGCUGCUUGUAGAGGGAACAGCCUUGAUGUGCAGUAUUAUUGCUGUUUC